AUGUGGCUGUACGCAGCGUUGAUGCUGGUGGUUCUGUACCUGCUGUGGCACUGGAGAUGGAAGAGGGAGACGGUGCCGAGGCUCUCGGAGAAGUUCGUGCUGAUCACGGGCUGCGACAGCGGCUUCGGGAACCUCCUGGCCCGGCAGCUGGACAAGCGUGGGGUGAGGGUGCUGGCUGCUUGCCUGACCCAGCUGGGGGCCACACGGCUGCAGGAGGUCACCUCCCCACGGCUGCAGACUGUCCUGCUGGAUGUCACCUCCAGCGAGAGCAUCGCCUCCGCCACCGCCUGGGUCAAGGAGCGUGUUGGCAACCAAGGGCUCUGGGGUCUGGUGAACAACGCAGGGGUUUGCAUGCCCGCUGCCCCCAAUGAGUGGCUGACCAAGGAGGACUUCCUCAAGGUGCUGAAUGUCAACCUGCUCGGUCUCAUUGAUGUGACCCUGAACUUCCUGCCACUGGUGCGGCAGGCGCAGGGCCGGGUGGUCAACGUGGCCAGCGUGAUGGGCCGGGUGGCCUUCUUCAGCGGGGGGUACUGCAUCUCCAAAUUUGGUGUGGAGGCCUUCUCUGACACCCUCAGGCGUGAGAUGCGUCCCUUUGGGGUGACCGUCUCCAUCAUCGAACCCGGGGGCUUCCGGACGAACUUUUUACAACCAGCGGAGGUGCUGAAGGUCUUGGAGAGCAUCUGGGAACGGCUCCCACCAGAGACCCAGGCAGCCUACGGCCACCACUACCUGGAGAAAUAUGCCAAGAGCGGGGUCCUGCUGCACCACCUGAGCAGCUUCUGCCUGUCCCAUGUCACCAAAGCCAUGUCACACGCGCUGCUCUCCCGGCAUCCCCGCACCCGAUACCCGGCUGGCUGGGAUGCCCGUCCCGUCCUCUUCUUCAGCCACUUUCCAUCAUGGGUGAUGGACACUGCCAUCAGCUUCUUCCUGCCCACCCCGGCCAGGGGGACACCGCCACGCUCCUGAGCAGAGCCC